AUGGUGCAGUGUGUGCAAUCGGUCUAUUUCCAACCAGCGAUCGUCAUGAUGGAGUGGCCAUCGCGGAACACAUGGAAAAGGUCAUGCUCCAACUCGAAAGCAAUGGGUGGUCAAUUGGAGCGGUCGUAA